ACGGGGCAGUGGGAGUGGCCAGGUUGGGUUGUUUCGGGCUGCCAGGUGACACGUGGAGCAGCUGGGCUUGGGAGGCACAGGGACCCCUGAAGACAGUGGGGUGACAGGCUCAGGGCACCCGGGAGCGUCAGCAAGCCUCAGUAGUGGAUGAGGGGACACUGGUUUCCAGGGGGGCAGGCGAGGUCAGGGUAGGCCUGGCUGUGUGGCGCGGACCCAGGGCAGGCCGGGUGCUCAGGGGAGAGAGAGACGAGGCUCCACUAGGACCCAGUGGGGUUCCAGACCUUCCUGCCGACCCAGGGCCGGCCGGGUGUUGUGGGCGGGCUGGAGCGCCGGUCGUCUGUGCACGAGUGUUCGGGGCCUGCUGACUCCCCGCUUCUUGACCUCAGUCACCACAGACUCACGUGCAACAACGUCUGCCUGUGUCUCUCCCCUCCCCUGGGGCAGCGAGUGUCUGUGCUUCUCUCCUGUUCACGACUGAGUGAUGGGGUCUGGUGUGUGGAGGGACAUGUGUGACCAUGGAUGGACACUUGGCUUGUGUCCUCCUUUUGGCCACUGCGGACGUGCGUGGGGGUGUUCCGUGUGGACUUGUGGGCUCAUGUGACUGUAGCUGUUGGGGGCCCUGCCCUGUGUCACACCCCUGCCGGCCAUGUCGGGGAUUCUGAUGUCUCCGCCUUCUCGCCACGCUGGUCACUGCCAGCUUCGUGGGCCUGGCCAUCGGGUGGCUGUGAGGCGUGCCCUGCUGGUCCUGGGCCCGGGCCCGGGCCCGCUUCCCUGCUGUCUGGCCGGCCACCUCCUCUCUCACCUUGUUGCCUCUCAUGCAUUUUUGGAGAAGUGUCUGUUCUGCUCCUUUGGCCGCUUUUUAAUGGGUUGUUUGUCUUUUUGUCAUGGAGUUGUACGAGUUCCUCUAGAAUUCUGGGUACACGUCCCCCUGCAUCCUCGGCUCAGAUGGUGUCCUUUGACCUCUGAGCUCCCCUUUUGCUUUUGGCAGCAUGGCAGGUAAAGGGACAGGGCAUGCACUGUGGUGGUCCCGCCGCCCCCUGGGCUCCCUGGGACUGUGACCCCCGGAGUGCACAUCCCUGCCUCUCCCACUCAGGAUACGGGCUGUGUCUUGGGCAGGAGCACCUCAAGCUCGUCUCGCCUCUGUAUGGCUUUGGGAACACGUGUGAGCCCUGGGCCUGGGCCUGUUCUGGGACCACAGGAUGGUUUUGGUGUUCGCAUGCCUUGCCGUAACCACCCCCCCAACACACACAUCACGGUUUCAGCCCGCUGGCUGGCGGCCCUGGGCCAAGUGAGGGCUGGGAGGGGACAUGGCCAGUGCAGACAGAGCUCAGCUCCAGUCUGGGGUGACAGGCCGGUCCUUCUGCCUGGGCGGUUCCUCCCACUGUCGGUGGCCCCCUUCCUGGGAGCUGACCUGCUCUGGAGCCCCGCUGGUUCUUCUUGCAGCCUGCCUGGGGCCACGUUUGUCUCCUUUACGUGUGCACAGGGCCGGGGUGUCACUCAGAGAAUGUUCUCGUGUCCCCGCAGUCAGGAAAGUUCUCUGGACUCACGUCAGCUGGCUUGUUGCUGCAGGCCUUGUCAGAGCCUUUGUCAGCUGAUGUGGCUGGGUGGAGGCCCUGAAACUCUGACUUCUGUCACCAUGGGGUGCACAGGCUCGGGCUCGGGGGCAUGGGAGGCAAGGAGAUCACCUGGGAGCUCAGGCCCCAAUGGCGAGAGGUGCAGUCGAGGCUAUAACUGUGGGUGAGGGCGUCACCCUGUAGUCCUGCCCAGGCCUCCGCUGGACCCAGCCUUGGAUCUGGUGGUUUCACAUGGGUGGCCUCGAGGUGCCACCUGUCCUGGGACCCGCUGUGGCCCAGAGAUCACGCUCCCCUGCUCUCCUCCUGCAGGAUUACAUCUGCCCGAGAUGUGAGUCUGGUUUUGUUGAGGCGUUUCCAGAAGUGAUCGGGAGUACAGAGAACGGCUCCGCCCCCUCCACGGACCAGAGCAGGCAGCCUUUCGAGCCGUCCUCUCCACAGAACGUGGACCAGCCCCUGUUCACGCUGCCACAGGGCUCCGGGCACUUUGCUUUCGGCAUCUUUGAUGACAGCUUCGAGAUCCCCACGUCCCCCCCAGGGGCUCAGGCCGAUGAUGGCAGGGACCCCGAGAGCCGGCGGGAGAGAGAGCAGCACUCCCGGCACCGGUAUGGCGCCCGGCAGCCCCGCGCCCGCCUCACUGCACGGCGGGCCACCGGCCGGCAUGAAGGCGUCCCCACGCUGGAAGGGAUCAUCCAGCAGCUGGUCAACGGCAUCAUCACUCCGGCCACCAUCCCCAACCUGGGCCUGGGCCCCUGGGGAGUCCUGCACUCAAACCCGAUGGACUACGCCUGGGGGGCCAACGGCCUGGAUGCCAUCAUCACGCAGCUCCUCAAUCAGUUUGAAAACACAGGUCCCCCACCCGCAGACAAAGAGAAAAUCCAGGCCCUCCCCACUGUCCCCGUGACCGAGGAGCACGUAGGCUCGGGGCUGGAGUGCCCCGUGUGCAAGGAUGACUUCGGGCUGGGUGAGCGUGUGCGGCAGCUGCCCUGCAACCACCUCUUCCACGACGGCUGCAUCGUGCCCUGGCUGGAGCAGCACGACAGCUGCCCCGUCUGCCGGAAAAGCCUCACCGGACAGAACACAGCCACCGACCCCCCGGGCCUGGCCGGGGUGAGCUUCUCCUCCUCCUCGUCCUCCUCCUCCAGCUCGCCCAGCAACGAGAACCCAGCAGGCAGCUCCUGAGUGCCCCGGCUGGUCCCAGGGUGAGCGCCGGGCUGGCGGGGCAGGCUGGACGCUGCGGCCCCCACACCACUGUGCCCCAUGGACUGCACUGCCGGCCUGCCUGCGUGGGCAGAGGCCUGGAGGACCCUUCCCUCCAGCUGCGGAGGAAGCUCGACCUUCCAGAAGGACGUCCCACGGCCGGGCCUGCACACGGCACAGCCGCCCGGGCGCCCUGCCUCCCCUCCCGUCUGUCUCUGACCUCACCCUGUAGGUGUUCAACGGCGGAAAGGUUUUUAUAACUUCCAGUUGCUACCGCUUUGAAAUAAACGGACGUUUUAGCUCACGUGCGGCCCUGCAUGAUCUGUGGAGACAUAGGGUGGAGCCACUCGGCUGGGGUCCCAGCACUGCAUGGACAGGCCGCCACUCCCCACCCUGAGUGCAGUGGCUCGGGACCACCAGGAUGACCAGCACCACGAGGACAGAACUGCUCUGACAGACGUUUUUUAAAGGAGAAAAAUAUGUGUAUCUUGAAAGCUAUUUAAAAAUACACCUACUUAGAAAGAGAA